UUUUCUUUAUUCUUCCCCUUUGUUUUUCUAAUUUUUUUUUUUUUUUGUUUUCUUUCCUUUUGAACCCUUAGACUUUUAGGCAGCGCCUCCUGGGCGACUGAACCAGCACAAUGGCGACCGCCACCGUCACACAGACGGUCCUGUCGACCAUCACUGCGGCCUCGACCUCCGCAACGUCGGCCGCGGCGUCCGCGGCUCCCCAAUCCGGUGUUCUCGAGGGUGCAAACCCUUCUGUUUAUAAUCCAAAGGAUCCAAUCGUCACAUUUAUCAUCCAGGCAUCCAUCAUCAUCAUAUUCUGCAGAUUACUCUACUACCCCCUGAGGUAUCUAGGCCAGCCUCGUGUCAUCUCCGAGGUCAUAGGCGGCAUUGUCUUGGGGCCUUCGGUGAUGGCACGAAUUCCUGGGUUUAAGGCGGCUAUCUUUCCGGAUGCUUCAAUACCAAACCUGACUAACGUCGCAAACCUGGGUUUGAUCUUCUUCAUGUUCAUCACGGCGCUGGAAGUUGAUCUCCGUCUAUUCAUUGAAAAUUGGAAGAUCGCGCUGAGCGUCAGUGUCGCCGGCUUGAUUUUACCAUUCGCCAUGGGAUGCGGUAUCGCAUGGGGUAUCUACCACGAGUUUGCCAGUGACAUGGUCAAAGAGAUCAACUUUGGCGUCUUUGCGCUCUUUGUGGGCACCGCACUCGCCAUCACCGCGUUCCCCGUCCUCUGCCGCAUUCUUACCGAGCUGAAGCUCCUCCAUACAUCCGUCGGCGUGACAACACUAGCCGCCGGUGUGGGAAAUGACGUCGUUGGCUGGAUCCUUCUUGCCCUCUGCGUCUCGCUCGUCAACAAUGCUAGCGGCCUCUCUGCCUUGUACGCCUUGCUCUGCUGUGUUGCUUGGAUCCUAUUCUUGUUUUAUGCAGUCAAACCCGGCUUUGUAUGGAUUCUCAGGCGCAAUGGCAGCCUGCAGGAUGGGCCGUCCCCGGGCAUGGUCACCCUAACGCUUCUGCUCGUUAUGGCGUCCUCGUUUUUCACAGCCAUUAUUGGCGUCCAUCCCAUUUUCGGUGCAUUUCUCAUUGGAUUGAUCUGUCCUCAUGAGGGUGGUUUUGCCAUUAAGCUGACGCAGAAGAUCGAGGACUUUGUCGGCGUCUUCUUCCUGCCCCUUUACUUUGCUCUUUCCGGCCUGAACACAAAUAUUGGGUUGCUGAACGACGGUAAAGUCUGGUCUUACGUCAUUGCCAUUAUUCUUCUCGCCUUUGCUGGCAAGAUCAUCGGCAGCACGUUGGCUGCCCGUUGUUGUGGACUGUUUUGGCGUGAAAGCGCUGCCAUUGGUGUUCUGAUGAGUUGCAAGGGUCUUGUCGAGCUGAUUGUCUUGAACAUUGGUCUCCAAGCAGGUAUCCUCUCCCCGCGGACUUUCACCAUGUUCGUCAUUAUGGCGUUGGUGACCACUGUCACCACGACACCUCUCACCAGGUGGCUGUACCCUUACUGGUACCAACAGAAGCUGCUGCGCUACAGGAGAGGCGAGAUCGAUAUGGAUGGAACCCCGUUGGUUCCAGACGGUGGUCCGGUCCCGAUAGACAACCUGAACCCCACUCAUAUCCGCCGUGUGAUGCUGUACUUGCGCCUCGACAGCCUGCCAGGCCUCUUCACCUUCACCGCACUUUUGGGAGGAACCACGGAAAAGAAUGCUCAUGGAAACAAAGCUAUAACCGAAGGUGGCUCGGAAGGUGAAGAUCCUGUCGUGCCGACGCCAGGCGGCAAGCAUCUCGAGGUUCAUGGCUUGCGUAUUAUGGAACUCACGGACCGUACAUCGUCAGUGAUGCAGGUCACCGAGGGAGCCGAUCUUUCCGAGAGCGAUCCUAUUGUCAACACCUUCCGAACAUUCUCCCAGCUCAACGGUGUGGCCGUGUCUGGACGGGUGGCCAUAGUUCCAACACACUCUUAUGCUGAAACACUUACCGACCAGGCCUCUACCAUUUCUUCCGACCUGGUGCUCAUUCCAUGGAGCAACACGGGAUCCCUCACAGAGGAUCAGUUCGCAACGCAUCCCGUCACGGCUCAGCAACGAUUUACAGACAAAGCCCACUUGGACUUUGUGAAUGGUGCAUUGUUCAGGGCGACGAAGAAUACGGCUGUAUUUAUCGACAAUGGUUUUGGGUCCAAGAAGCCCACCAUCGAACCGAACCGCCCGUCUUACCUGACCAGAAACAUGAGUGUCGUAUCCAUGCGUAGCGCCAAGGAUUCCGUCCUCCCCUUGGCCAAUCGCACUCAUCACCUCUUAUUUCCCUUCUUUGGUGGGGAGGAUGACCGCGUGGCACUGCGCUUUGUGCUACAGCUCGCCAAGAACCCACUCCUCACCGUCACAAUCGCGCACUUUGUACGUGAAGAAAACGACGGCACCGCCACCGAGGGUGGCCGCAACUCGACUGCUGAGACGGAUGGGCAAAACAACACAAAAUCGGUGACUGUGACGGCGACGCCCAAGGGUAGCAGCUUCCUCGACGAGGUGGACGCCGAAGACAUGGUAGUGCUGUCGAAGCUGCGCACGGCGCCGCCCGAGGAGCUUGCCGGACGUGUCGAGUUCCAGGAGAUCAUGUGCUCAUCCGAUACAGUCAUCACCAAGGAGGUGAAAGAGCUGGCGGCCAAGACGGUCGCGCUCAAAGCGCGCAAGAACGCCGGCGACUUGAUCGUCAUCGGCAGGCGGCACCCCAAGCUGGGAGAUGUUGUAAGCGAGGGCGCCGGCAGCGCCUACGACCUGAGGAGGACGCUGGGCGUGGUCGGCGAGGCGCUCGCCAUGGGCGGCACCAACGCCAGCUUGUUGAUCAUACAGGCGGCGUCGACUGGGAACUCCUGAUUUGUCUCUUUUUUGGUUUAAUGAUUGUCUUUCUUAACCCGGAGUAGCGAGCUCAGCCGGUUUGCUGCGUGUUUUUCUUUUUUUUUUUUUUUUUUUUUUUUUUUUUU